ACGCCCUAAAACCCUUCCAAUUUUUCACCCCUCCUUCUCUCUUCUAAAUCCCUCCGUCACGCUUUUCAAAGCUCUCAAUUAUGCACACAUACAGUUCUUGUAAAACCACUCACUAGCAAUUCACUAUUGUUCUUCAAAAAUCAAAGAGUAUAUAUAUAUAUACACAUACAACAAUAUACAUGAACAAAUGUCUAGUGCUAUAAGAUUCUCUCUGCCCUUCAAAUCACUCCGUUUUUCAUGUGAUCAACACUACCCAAAAUCAGCCUUUAGGAGAGCUUCUUUGGCGACUAAGCAUGAUGUUUGUUCGAGAAAGAUAGAUUUGAAUGGUGGGUAUGAUCGUAUUAAGGCUUUGACUAGCCACAGCGAAGAAGGGUCUGUUCAGGGGCUCGAGUCUUCGCUUGCUUCGGUCAAGUUAGAACCCAUUUCAAGCGAGAGCCAGUUCGAUCGAGUGGUUGCCGAGGCUCAACAGCUCGAAGAAUCGGUUGUAAUUGUGUGGAUGGCAAGCUGGUGCAGGAAAUGUGUAUAUUUAAAACCAAAAUUGGAAAAAUUAGCAGCAGAUUACUAUCCAAGGACACGAUUCUAUUGUCUAGAUGUGAAUAAUGUUCCACACAAGCUUGUGGUUCGUGCAGGAGUCACUACUCCGAAACUUAUGCAGAAAAUGCCUACCAUACAGCUGUGGAAGGAUGGCAAGAAACAGGCAGAGGUGAUAGGAGGCCACAAAGCAUACUUGGUGGUUAAUGAGGUUCAGGAAAUGAUUGAAAAUGAGUCUACCGUAAAUAUCAUUGUUUUUACUGGAACAAGUGAUAUUUGAGAAAUUGCUGCCCCAAUUUUUUUGUGGAAACUGAUGCGUCCUACCGGACCGAAAGCUGGUGGUUCUCCAUGAAAACAAUAUCGGUUACUGUUGCAUACAUUGGCAUGAAAUCUUGUUUGUUCUUCUUGAAUGGCUAUGAGAUGUAUUGGUAAGUUGUAUAGGGAAGAGGAUUAAAUCAAACAAAACUAAGCUUGGUGCCACAGCCAGAAUUUACUUGGUACUAUAUUUAUGUAUGUUCUCUUGAAACAAAUACAUUUGAUUUUUUUUUUCUUUUUUGUAUUUGUGUUUGUAGUUGAAGGCCUGUUUUCCUUUUGCUAUUGUA